AUGGAAGUCGACCAAGGCUUAUUCACGGCUUUCUUGACUAUGCACAUGUUCGGUGCUCUAGGAUCUCUGAUCGUGCUCCUCACCGCCGCCCUUUCUCCAUCCAUACCUCGACAUGCGACUUGGUACAGCUUCAUGUUCUCCUGGUUUCUCUCCUCCACGUCCUACUCUCUUUUACUCCUCACUGGAAAUAAAGACAACCCUCGGCCACCGUACGCCCUAUGCGUAACCCAAGCCUCGCUUAUCUAUGCGGCUCUUCCUAUGACGACAGGAACGGUUAUCGCCGUAGUGCUUCAGGUCUACUUCAACGUCAAGAAUUGGAUGUCGGAUACUGAGCACAGGGCGAAUCCUAUCCUCCUCCGAGCGCUGAUUGCUGCUCCUUACUGCAUGCACUUGGCCAUGUUCAUCGGGUCUCUAGUGGUUGGGUUAAAACACCCAGAAACCGUUCAAAGACCGUCGAAUGGGUUCUUCUGUAACUACGUCAUUCGCAUUCCCUCCCGGAUAUCUUCCAUCUCCGUUGCCGUCCUCACGAUUCCAACGAUAGUCCUGCAAGGAAUGACCUUCUGGGCAUUGAAGAGAAACUGGAUGCUUCUAAGAGGAAGUAUCCUUCGAGUCCUUAGCUUCUCUUUCUUUGGUGUCGUCGCCAUUGUUCUCGGAAUCGUGUUUGCCACGGGCUCGGCGCAAGGCCCUGCCUUCCUGAAUGUUAUCGUCGCCACUGUACCGGUCGCGGCAGUCUUAAUCUUCGGCAGCCAAAAGGAUAUCCUCAACACUUGGAUGUUCUGGAGAGAGAAGAAGAAAUACAUUAGCAGACCCGCAGGAUUCAAGCCGGAUAACUCGACGCGCUCCUUUGGCCUGAAUUCAACGAAAAAAUCGACGCAAGACAUCGAGCUCGAUUGGGCGAACCCCCACGCUGACCUGCCUGAGUUGAGGUUUGGCCACGGGAAGGAUGGACCCCGAGAUAUCAAGAUUUCCCAACCUAAUCCUGCUGCCAUUCGAGUGCAAUUUGAACAUCAUCGCCGUUUUUGA